AUGUUGCACAGGUCGAUAAAUGAAGCUAUAAAGCAGCACAGAGAAACCCAAUCAACUGUUUUUGAAAAAAGAAAAAAAAACAACAAAAUAAAGAAAGAAAAAAGUAAGAAAGACUCUUUGCGAUCACCCAGUGAAAACAACAAGUUAUUGGCAUUGAGGAAUGCUUUGGCAUUUGGAAAGUUCUCCCUCAAGAAAUAUCGCUGGUUGAGUGACGGUAGCGAGUUUAAACCUCAACGCAAGAAACAAGCUCAUGAAGCGGUUGAAAAUUGA